UCUCUCUCUCUCUAGGGGGAUUCUGAAGGUGUUCGAAUAUAAAGAGUUAGAUUCCGAGAAGGCAAGAGUCCAGUCAAACCUUCUAAUAAAACUCUCUCCUUUGGGACAUUCCUAUGCUGCAUUGCAUAGCUCCUACUGCUCGACGUUGUUAAAGCUUUCUCCUUCCAUUGAGCAUAGCAGGAGGAGAACAUAACAAUUGCCGCUAAAGAUAGAAGUAAAAGAUGCUUGCAGGGCUAAAUUUGGGAUGUCAUCUUCAGCCAGAAGUCAUGAAUAUGCACCCAAGGCAAAUGACUGGUGUCAAGGGUGCAGAAUUUCCUUUGUCAAGAAGGAUAAGGUUGUUACCUAACAAUUCGAGCAAAUGCUUGUUACAUCAAUCAACAGAAGUUGUCCUUCCUUUCAAGGAACAUGAAGAAAAUCGGGCUUUGGUUAAAAUGUGUGGAAUCACAUCAGCUAGAGAUGCUGCUCUAGCAGCAAAAGCUGGUGCUAACUUUAUUGGGAUGAUUUUAUGGCCUAACUCAAAACGUUCCAUUUCACUUUCUGUUGCUAAGGAAAUUUCAAAAGUUGCAAGAGAAUAUGGGGCUAAGCCUGUUGGUGUGUUUGUGGAUGAUGAUGCCAAUACAGUUCUAAGAGCUUCUGAGGCAGCUGAUCUUGAAUACGUUCAGCUCCAUGGAAAUGUUUCUCGGGCUGCUUUUCCAGUUUUGGUGAGAGGGAACCGUGUAAUAUUUGUUCUUCAUGCUAAAGAGGACGGAGAGCUUAUGAAUCAUAUUUCAGACCAAGAAUGUGCUUUGGUUGAUUGGAUUCUUGUGGAUAGUGCACAGGGUGGCAGUGGUAAAGGAUUCAACUGGUCCCAGUUUAAACUACCACCAAUUAGAAGCAAAUGUGGUUGGCUUUUGGCGGGUGGAAUCAACCCUGAUAACGUCUGUGAAGCUCUGGCGACUCUUAGACCACAUGGAGUUGAUGUUAGUAGUGGCAUCUGUGCUUCAGAUGGAAUUCAGAAAGACGAGUCUAGGAUAUCGUCCUUCAUGGGAGCAGUGAAUUCCAUAAAGUAUUGAUGGACAAGAAAAAUCAAUAGGUAUUCAGGAAUUAGAACAUGGAGAUUGUGCCUCAAAAAAGUCUGCCAUGUGUUGUAAAUCUCUGAGGCAUUUUCUUUGUUGAGACCACAACACAACAAACUCAGGUUUAAAUCUCCCUUCUUGUACUUAUUGUUUAUCAAAAAAAAAAUUUUUGGUUCUUGACAAAAGAAAAAGGGUUUGUUGAAUGUACAGCAACUUAAUAAUGGUGUCAGUAUUUUUUUGUUUGAGAGGGCAUAAUGAUACAGACAACUGGUUUCUCCCAUUAAUUAUUUAUUUUGCUUCAAAUUUAACUCCAAAACUUAAUAGUCUCGGAUACACAACGAAUAUCCUAUGGCAAAUUGGUUGCCCCUAAUUUUACCUCUACAAAGAUGUCAAAAAUAUCAUCGAUUACAAAUAAUCAGUAGCUUAGAAGGCCUCUCACAGUGAAACUAAAAAUCUGUUUGAUAGUAUACAAAAUCUUUCAAUCUGCCUUCGGAGAGCCAUUGAGCUUUGGAUCUGUUUGAUAGUAUACAACAUCCCCAGUGUCACUCACAUAGUGAUCCUCUUUCAUGCUUCUUAUGAGGCUUCCCAGUAAGUGAAAUGGUAGAGGCCAAGAUCUCUUAGGCUCCCUAUAGUACUUCCCUAGCACUGGUUUAGCAGCCUCCGUCUGUAAUGUCAAAAUACACAAAAAGAUAAGUAAAUCAUCUAAGCAGAAUGACAAAAACCUUUUGUUUCUGUCAUUCGUUAAGUGCGAGUUAUGGAUAGAGUUACUCACUGCUUCGACUAAGUGAUAGUGUGGGAUUUGAGGGAAAAGGUGAUGUAUCACAUGAGUCCCAAUAUCAUGGUGAAUGUUAUUGAUCCAUCCAUAAUCCCGGUCAAGCGUUGUUAGCCCUCCUCGCAAAUAACUCCACUCCUGUUUUUCGCAAGAAGUAACAAAUCAGGUUUCCAGAACCGAAAAGUUUUUAUUCAAUCUCAAGAAUGGAUCAAGUUAUUGGUAAAGAUAAGUUUUUGCAUGAAUUCCUAUACCUCUCCGCGAUACCAAGGAAGUUUGUCCUCAUGGCCAUGGUGAUGCAAGUAAGUAACUAAAUCCAGCCACAUUACAAAAAUCUGCACUCAGGUAAAAUAGUUGCGAUAGAAAGUUCAGAGAUCUGAUAAAGAAAAACCAGAACAAGAUGGUUUUUGACUUUGUAAGGUAAAAAGAGAACUAAGCGACUGAAACGAACCGAAUAGGGGAUGCCAUAGAGUUUGAGCAAUUGGACUGGACCCAUGACAAAGGAUAGACCAAGCAGCAGUGCAGCCAUGGCAGUCCAACACACGGUGGAGGUGAUCACGUCUUUCUUCUCGCUUGGCACGAACAAAUCGCUGUUAGGAUUGUAAUGAGAACCGGUUUUUCCCGGGCUUCGACCCCACUGAACCAUAAACAAAGACCGAAAAACUGUUAAAAACUUUACUAAACAUGUGGUUCAUAAGUUCAAAAUUUGACACAUUCGACAAAGUAGUAGCAGGCUCACCAGAUAGAUAGGGUACGCAAGCAAAGGGAAAGGCAUAGUGAACCUCAACAUUCGCGUAACAUUAUCCAAACCCUUAUAGAUCUUUUCAGACAACUGAAAAUAAAGAAGAAAAAAAAAACGAUAAAAUUUACAAUGGCAAAUGUAUGAUGUAUCAAAGCAUCUUAAGUACGCAACUGAGAAGUGAGAGGAGAUGAAUUGACUUACCGGGUGCCACGAUUCAUCGUUCUCAACGUGCCCGUGGUUCUGAUGGUGGGUUCUAUGGCUUAUUCUCCUGCAAAGUUUCGUGACACAAUUGUCAUUGCAUUACUUGGGAAAAUAAAACAUAGUACUCCAAAUUAUUUUUUUCAGGGAAGUGUCCAGAAUGUCAUGCUGACAACAUUUUUGUAACAUUUCGAUACGACUGACAAAAAUGUUAUCGACGCUAUAUUCUGGACAUUUUUCUGUCAAAAAGAAAGGUUAUGUAGCAAAUAGAAUGUUGGGUCUGAAGGAAGUUUAAGAAACAAACCAUCCAUGGUAAGGCACAAGAAUUGAUGAAUGAAGGAUAUGCCCAACCACACUAUUCAGCUUAUGGUUACUGGAAAAGCUCCCAUGACCACUGCAAUUUCCAAAAAAACAAAAAGAAAUUAGUUCAAUUUGAAAUCCCACAAAUGGGCAUCAGACUCAACAAACAAAAUCCAAAAUUCCACAAGAAAUCCAUGGUAACAGUUGAUUACACACCAAUCAUGGCCAAGAACAAAAAGAGCCCAGAACAUGGUCCCCUGAGCAGCCCAAUAAAGAGGCCAAACAACCCAACUGUUCAAAGCCACCGCGGCCGCCGCCAGCCCAAAAACCACCACCACAUCCCUCACAACAUAUCCCAUAGACCUCCAUGGGUCCUUAACCCAACAAUGCUUCGGAAUCGCCGCUCGAACGUCGGCCAAUCGGAACGGAGGUGGCGAACCGGGGUCAAAUCCGUCCUCAUUUCCCACCCCAUUGAAGACUCCCUCUCCAUCUCUCUCUUCUUCUCCCACAAAUUGGACCUUCAGGGGGGCGCUCACCUUGAUUCCCCUGUUUCUCUCUCUAUACCCAGUUGAUAUGAAAAAUGAAGAGCCAACGGGGUUGGGUUGGGAGAGCCUGAUUUGAGAAGGGUUUGGAAGGAGGGCGGUGGGUCCUGUUCUGGGUCGGGCGUAGAUUCGAGGGAGGGG